GAUUAUGAAACCAAGAAAAAGUUCUGCUCGGUGAUAGCAAAGCCUCUGGCGGACGAAAAGUUGUGCAAGAAAGUCUACAAGCUGGCUAAGAAAGCAUCAAAGAGGAAGGCGAUUCGGCGAGGAGUGAAGGAGGUCGUUAAAGCUUUGCGGAAGAACACCAAGGGGAUAUGCAUUCUUGCGGGCGACAUCUCCCCAAUUGACGUUCUCACGCACAUUCCCAUCGUGUGCGAGGACCACAAGGUUCAAUACAUUUACGUGCCAUCCAAGGAGGAUCUUGGUGCAGCCGCGCUGAGCAAGCGGCCCACGUCCUGCCUCCUCAUUCUACCCAAACCAGUCAAGGGAGGGGACGGUGACGAGGAGGAGGCUAAGGAGUUCGCGGAGGCAUAUAGUGAGGUGGAGAAGAAGGUCAAGGCG